AUGAAGGUCUCCUCCCUCCUGAGCAUCGAAAAAGGUAUCGGUAUCAUCAUCACCCUUAUCCUCCAGCCAACCAUCCCACCCACCAUUGGCAAUAGCAACCGACCUCUGCAACGCUUAGAAAGCACCCCUCAGCUCCCCCAAUGCAUCCCCGCGCAUCUCGAGGCACUGCGCCGGCGACAGCCCCCGGUCGUUGAGAGCACCCAUACCCAAACCCUCCAGCCCACUCCACCUUCCCCCAGUCUCACACGUAGUGCAGCGCCGUGUAACCGUUGUGGGCCUUUGAGGGCGAGGUCAGCGCCCCCCUCAAUUAGGUCCCGCGCCCACAGCCCCCGCUGCGACUCGGCGGCGCCCAUCAUUGCGGCUUGCCCGAGCUGGGGCUAG